AGUGCAACCUACUGGUGCAAACAGGGACAGACCGUACACAUGUAUUUUUCGUAUGUUCGUUAUGUCGGCAUCAGCGGGUAGUGCCGCCCCAAUGACGGAAACAGUACAUUCGAUGUCUAGCAGCAGCGAGUUUGGAAUAGAAGCUAUUGACCGUGCACUUUAUAAUUUGUAUCCCAAUAAUAAUCCUUCUUCAAUUUCAAGCCCCAGCACAAAAAUUUGGUGUGGAGGAAACAUACCUUUAGAUUUUGUAAAAAUCUUUUCUAAUUCUGGCAGUGUUGAGCUUGGCGUUUCGCCUCAUUGGCACUAUGUAACUUAUGGACUCUCAGAUCUAUAUGGUGAUGGCAGAGUACACGAUUUUAGUGGUAGAGGUCAUCCAAGUGGUUAUGGAUUUGAGCUUACUUUCCGUCUGAAGAAAGAUCAAAAUGAUAAACAGCCACCAGUUUGGCCAGUCAUGUUACUAAACACUCUUGGUCUUUAUGUUUUCAACACAGAUACCGAGUUCCGUGAAUAUGAUCAUAUUCCAUGGUAUGACUCCUUGGACAAAGUAGCACAAGGAAGAUCAUGUAAUGUUGAUAUAAUUCCUUGUCCCUCAAGUUCUGUUAUCAAUCACAUGAUAAUUGUUGAAGAUCCACAGAUUUUAAAUUUGGAUACUCCUCAUGGAACAGUACAGUUUUUACAAGUGGCUGGUGUCUUGAAGGAGGAAUUUCAUUAUGCUCGGUCCUGGAAGGCUAGUGGGAUUGUGGAGCAGUUAAUGCAGCACCCACAAGUUGGACCUCUAAUGAUUACUGACAUGAGAAGAAAAGUUUCUGUUUUUGAUCUCAACCCAAGGCUUAUAGUUGAUAUUAUUUCAAAAAUUGAAGUAGAAGGCUCUUUACUAGCCAGAGUAACAUCCCAUAUUUCAUGGAAAGAAAUAGUUGAAGAUGAGGCAACUGGUAUAUCAAGAGUUGUGGAACGUUUAACCUUAAAUGAUGCUGCUGAUUCAUCCAACCUGUAUUAUACAUUUAGACGUGUCUGCUUGGAAUUUGAUGCCACAGCUGGUGAACUAUUACCACUAAUGGUUCGGGGACGUCUCAAGCAUGGUCUGAGUUUUAUGUUUAUUAGUCCAGGCUGCUACGACUACCAUGAAAAUAUGACCAUUGAAUUUGUACCAUACAACAUUAUCAAAUCAAAUGAAAUCUUUGUUGAUGAAACUGUUCAAAUGAAGGCCAAUAUUAAAACACACCAUUUACAGAUCUUCUGUAUAAAAGAACUUAUUGAUAAAAUGGAUCAAAAAUUUACAGAAUUAGAAAAACUUAAAGAGGAUUUGAAGCUGCUGCCCAUGAGAUUUAUGUUCAAAUCACCAAGUAUAGAAAUUGUCUUUGGAUUGUAUCAUGUUUUGUUGUGCAAAAAGAAUCAAACCACAAAUGAAGCACCACAGAACACAUGAGGAUAGUUAGUUAACAUUACUUGCACACAUAAUUGGGUCUGAUCAUAUUGAAUUUGUUUAAAAUAAAAGUUCUAAAAAUAUCAAUCUUGUAUGUGGGAAGCAUUUUUUUUAUUUGAAUAUUCUUAGAUUUAUUUAAGCAUUUCCUUCUGCUAAUGUUAA